AUGGUUGACGCGGAAAAAGGCGAAGUCGAUGUGGUCAGACCACAUAUCAGUAAAGCCAAAGGUGCGACCCUUUGUACAGAUAGUGAAGUACGCGUAGGAGGUGGAGUGGCCUCUGACGUGGACGAGGGCGAAAAUGCUGAUGAUGGGGAUAUGCAUCUUCAAUCGCUUAUUGACGACAUCGUCUCUGAGUCCGCUUCUCCAAAAUCCCUCCACAUGUUGGAUCCGGCAAGCAGCAUAGUUAUGUCAAGGGUCACUGCCCCGGAAAUCGGCGUGCCGUCUAUGUAUAAGGUUUGGCCCUCUGAAACGUCAUCCAGAGAGGCAGCUGAGACGAGUUCCCACGUGUAUGUGUUUUGUGCUGUUUGUUGCUGGAUCGGACAAGAUGAUGUUGUUGAUGAGUCUGUGGAGGAGAAUGGCCGGAAGUGUACACGUCCUGUCGUGUCCAGUAAAGAAGUUUUGUCUGAGCCAGAUGUCGUGGACGGGGAGACUUGUGUAAAGAAGAGUGUGGACGUUCGAGAGAACCCUGCCACAGAGAAGAUGGACACACCGGAUAGCUCGGGCGUGGAUAAUCCAGCUGUACAGGCAAUGGUGGACGAUCUGGAUACAACUAAUAUUGCGGUGGCAUGUCGAUAUCCUUCUGUGUAG